AUGGAUUGGGAUAUUGUGAAUGCAAACUUUGAAGGAGAUGAAACAGUUAACUUUGGGCCAAGGAAGGAAUCAGGAAUUGCCCUUUAUCAAAUAGACACAAUAGCAACCGUUUCCCCGAGAAACGAGGCUGUUGUUCAGAGCUCCCCACGCAUUGUGACAUCAAUACUUGGAGAACUGUCAUGCAUUGCUGUGGAAAGACAUGCAUCCCUAUUCAAAGAUUGUCAAUUUUCUGGCACUCUGGAAUUAGAGGCCCCAGUGGAGGAGAUGGAAUGGAGUCCAGAUGGUUGUUUACUGGUUGUCGGAGAUAUCCAAGGAAAAAUCUAUGUGAUUAAUUCUGAUACGAUGGAGACUGUCUAUUCUACUAGGGUGUGUCAACCAGGGCUUGGAGGAAAUGCCUUCAGCAGAAUCGCUUUCUAUAGCAGAACUGACGUUGAGUAUGACCUGUUGAUCCUGAGUAGUAACGGACAAUUAAUGGUUCUGUCAGAAUUGACACCAGACAUUUUCUUAUCUGAAGACAAAAGCAAAACAGCUUCAUCAGUUAAAGACAUGAUGACAAUUGUCCAGACUGGAGACUUACACACAGAGGGUGUGACAGAUGUGGUCACCAUCGGGGACACCAUCAUCACUAUGGGUUGUGGGAACCGCAUUUUGGCUGUCUGGGAGUUUGAGAAUGGCUGCCUUGAGCUGACUGACGAAGUCUGCAGUAACAUGUUGAAUGGUUCUGGAAUUUUACAAGGAAAAGUAACAACUGAUGGAGUCCAUCUCUUUCUAUUGGAUGAUAAUCAUACUCUGAGUUUAUGGAAUCUGCCGACCUUGACACUUUUGAAACAGUGGCAAGAUCUUGAUGUGGAACAGUUUCAGCUGCUGGAGACUAAAGAUGUGAAAGACCAGAGUUUUGAAGGCAUGAAGCUGGUGAUUCUCACCAUGACUAAGGACUGGAAAAGUACUUUGAUUAUCCAAAACCUGCCUGACUGUCAGAACAUCUACACACUACAACUCAAUGCCCCGUCUGUCAUCUCCAAGUGUGUCACAAUCCAGGAAACAUUGUAUGUGGCAGAAUGCUGUGGUGAGCCAAGUUCUCCAGAAUCUGUGACAACUGUGCGGUUUCGCUGUUUGACAGAAACCAACCCUCAGACAAGAUUGUAUCGUAUUUUGCACAAGAAUCAGUUUGAAGAAGCAGAGCAGUUUGCCAAGAUCUUUGGACUCAACACUGAGAUCGUGCAAAAGAAGAAAUUAGAACACUUGUUGGAACAGCUGUCUCCAUGGAAUUUGAUGAAAUACGGGGAAGACAAAAUUGCAGAAAUGAUAGAACAGCUUUGGAUAUGUAUGGAUCUUAUUGAUGAUGACUGUCAUGUGUGUGAAUUAGGAAUGAGGUCUACUUUGCCAAAAAUGGACUCCACGAGGAAGUUGCUAUCUUACUGCAAGAAAAGGUUGGAGAAAUAUGCUAAAUCUAUAACAGACGAAAGUGACAAAAAACUUCAACAGACUCUCAUGAGCAAGUUGCUAGACAUCCAGAACAGAUUAGUUACCUUUGGUAUAGCCUUUGGAGAAGGAAAAUACAGUGGAGAAAAGUGGGAGGUUUUCCUCAAGGCAGACUUGCUGCAGCAGGCCACAAUGUUGUUUGACCAGAGAAAUUUAUUGACUGGACUGGUUAUAUGGAUUAGACAUGAGGCAGAAUGGCAAACUAAUCUGACUGCACCACUGAUCAGCAAGGUGUUGUCAUGGUUACCGGAACAAGUUACGGCUAAGGAGGUGCUGGGUCUGAUGAGAGAUACACUUAUCCCUUCGAUAUCCAGAUUACAUCCAGACUCACUGGCUCUCCUUAUACAUUGGAUUAUACAGAAGGCAAAGAACAUGGAACUACAAGAAAAGACUUCUUGGCCUAUGAAUGCCAUCACUUUCCUCAAAUCCAUCCAUAAAUGUUUAUGCAGAGUAACAAAAAUUAGCCAAUCAGACUAUUUAUGUACCGCCUCUGACACAGCCUACCGGACCAGCCUUGAUCCAGCAGUCAUCACUGAACCUAUACAUGUUCUUAUUACUAACUUGAAGCACUUGCAUGACCUCCAUACUAAGUACAGAUGUAAACUCACCUAUGGACAGUUUAUACAGGAGACAACAGAGAGUGUUACAUUUCGGAUGCUGGAUGAGGUGGUAGCAGUGGAGUUGAUGGACCAGACUUUGGAUACGUAUAUUCGUCCCUACAUGAGAGAACAUGGGCUGAAGGAGGACAACAUAUUCUCCCAGUAUAUUAAGGAUUUGCUGGAGAGGGUAGGAGCAGUAACAACAUACCGUAAGGAGACACCAUGGGAGGCGAAAGUUAUUGCUGUCACCAACCGGAUAUCGGGACCAGAGGAGAAGUGUGAUGCUAUCACAGAGGCAAUGAAGUGGGCACCCAUCCCUUGGAGUAAAGAGAUUGACCAACUUGUCAAAGCUGGUCUGGAGCUUAAUCAUCCAAAGGUAGUUCAACUCCAAAAACAAUGUCAUAUUGUUGAAGUGAAGAAAUUGAUGCUUAAGUAUAGACUGAAGAAUAUGGCUGUACCUGACCGCAGCAAUGCUGAUAAGCUGCUGUUUUUGAUGCUGAGUCACGACAAGGACAGUUGUAUGGAAGAUUCUCUUAGUGUUAUGGAAUCAUUCAAUGUCAAUAUGGAGAAAGAUCUCUACAUCUUCAGGCUGCGCAUUCUCAUCACCAAAGACAAGGUGGAGGAGGCAGUAAGCUUGCUAAAGUCACUACCUAUGGAUAUGGCCUAUACCUGUGGACUUAGGAUCAUCAAUUUGGUUCAGGUGGUCCUCAACGACAUACUUAUCAUUGAUCAGCAGCAAAAUGAAAAAAUGAAACGGCUCUUUACUGAGGCAGGAAUUUACAUAGUCAGACAUUUACUUACAUUAACAAAUGAUUAUUUAGAAAGCAAGGAACUAAGGUAUCUUCUGGCCAACUUGCUGAGUCUGAGGGCUUUACAGGUUGAGUUUGGGAAACACAUGAAUCUUGCAGAAUUUGAGGAUGAGGCUUUCAGAAAAUCAACCCUUGUUGUUCAUGUAACAGAGUUCUAUCUGCAGCGAUCACAGGAUGACACUGGGAACAAAACAAACUUUGUCAAAAUAUACAGACUAGCAGACAUUCUUCGUAUACCCAAGAUGCAGCUGCAGGGAGAGUUAGCUAUGGAGGCAGCACGGACAGGAGAGGUGCAGGCAGCUCUCAAAAUGUGCAGAGAACUGUUUGAGUCUGACCCGUCUGUUGACACAGCAGACAUGUUGUACAGGGUAGCAAUGGCCUUUGUACACUUGCAAGCUAACGCAGAGAACAACAACGUCAGCAUUAGCCGUCUCCGGGACCUGCCAAGUAUCACAUACAGACUGGCCUGUCAGGCAGCAUCAGUUUGUUCACCAGACCAACUUGUACAGUGUUUGGAACUUUGUAAGGCAGCAGAGUUGAGUCUGUCUGUAAAUAACCAGUGUGAGGCUACAGAGCAAAGCAUGAGGUUAGAGGAAUGGUUUCCUGAUGUACAGUCACAAGGUGACCUAUUGACUGAUGAUAAGUUUGACACAACGUUUAAAGAAGAUGCCUUGGUGAUGAAUUCCAGUGUUAUCAUGCCAUUGGUCAGCCAGUACCAGCUGAGUGCCUGUGUCCUGGCUAAACAAGAAGCCAGUUGUGCAGAGGAGGAGGAGAAUGACUCAGGGUUACCCAUACAGAGGAUGCAUCGUCAUAUCAUUCCAGUCCUGCAACAUCUUAAAGACAACAGUCACAUGGAGUUAGCCUAUCGAUUCUCCAUACACAUGUUGUCACGCUCCACUGAACAUGUUACACAGUUUGACAUGGGCAUACCACCAUACAGGACUGAUGAUUUUUCAAAGCUGGCAGAGGAGCAGCAGGCCAAACUAAGAGAUAUAGAGACAAUGGCCAACCCUUGGAUCAAGACCAUUGUCACAGCAAUUCUGAUGAAGAUUUUUAAUAGUCAGGACAUUGAUCAGAGCCUCGGUCUGAUGUACAUGGCGAGCCGCACAAAGCGGGAGGGAGAGGAGUCAUUGAUGAAAAUUAUACGCUCCACAGGACACAACUACAAAAAACUCAAGGCUCUAGCAAAGGUUGGGAUUGGAAUUGGCCAGCUCCAUCAUGAACCUAAUUUGAUAAAAAUGUGUGAAACUCUCGAGAAAAAUGCUACAUGGGGCUGCCGACUUGGGAAAAUCAAGAUUAGUUUCAAGGAAGCUUUCCAAAAACCAUCAUCAGAGAAGAUCAAACUCCUGCCACUGAUUGCCCAGUGUGAGGCUGCACACAUGUCACUUGUAAAGGACUUCUGUAGUGAUUUCAACCUUGACCAGGAUGAAGGCCUACUGCUUUUCCUUGAUCAUAUGUUCACCCUGCCAGACCAUGUUACUCUUGGUGUUUUGGCCAAACGGUCACUCCUUGCUAAGGCUCAUGCCACCAUAAGGGAAAUCAGUGAAGAACAGGUCUUGCUGAACAAACUCCAGUCUAUUUACAAGAAGACUGAUGCUUAUGACUAUGAGACAUUAGAAUUUCUGUUAAAUGAAAUGCAGAAUUUAGACCGAGAUACACAAAGAGAAACAAGUUUGAAGCUGUUAAGCUACCUAAAAGUGUACAUACGGCGUAAACCUCCAUCGGAGUAUGAGUUAAGAUACCAGCCUGAUGGAGACAAGGAAGAUCUGAGGAUCAUCAUGGACAUGCUGCCGCCAAACAGUAAGACAAGACUUCCACUUCAUCCCUUCAAUGAGGGAGAGGCAUGGAAAAUCAUCACACCAGAACUGGAGAAAGAGACUGUACCAACUUGGCUGCCUAUUGCCGACCUGUUGAAGUUAUCUGCGGACCAGAUCUACCUUGUGACAGUCCAAAACAUGGUACGAAAACAUGUUCAGCUGACCAAGAAACCAACACAAGGCAGUACAGCUAUCGUGGACAAAAGUUUGUGGAACUGGAAUGUGAGAGAUGCCAACCUGUCACUGCUCAGUGAUGUCCAGGUACUGUUGAGGAAUGUGUCCAAGUGUGAGCUGGCCUUGGCCUGUGCCAGCUGGAUGGUGAAAGAACUCCCAUUAGGUGCGGAGAAAGUAGAGGCACUACAAGGAUGUAUCCGCUAUGCUGAGUUGUGGCACAGAGCUGUGAAAGACAAGACUGCAGAAAAAGAAAAAGCUAUGAAUGCCUUUGUGAAGUUUACUGGGAUGUGGCAGAGAUUAGCAACAGAACAGGUUCUCUUUGUAUACAAAGUGGGCGAACCAGAACUCGUAUCACUGGCUGGCAAUCCCAACAAACUUCUUCUCAAGUUGUACGAACACAACAGUAUUGUCAACCAGGAAAUAGCAGAAAAGGAUAAACCAGAUAUCCACAAAAUUGCAGAGGACAUUGCCAGUAUCCAUAACGUAGAUCUGGAACAGCUUCGUCUUAAUCUACUGUAUAGAUGGUUGCCAUCUGUAAAAUCCAGACAGGGAGGCCAAGACUCGACUGUGACAUUUAGUUUUGAUCAACUUAACCUGGGAGAUGAGACAAUGAUAUCGGCAGAUGAUGACGAUGAGGAUGCUAAUCUUCGAAGAGUGCUGUAUAUACUACAGAGAGGAACAACAGAGAAGAAUGUCAUGUUCCUGUUCGAGUUCGCUUUCAAGGAAAAGAAGAUGGAUGAAGCAUGUAACAUCACUAAUAUGUGUCGUGUGCGAGCACUACGCUGUCUUCUACAGAUAGGAGAUAAAGCUGCUGUACAGAAACUGUUUCAUAAAUCUCUGGAUCAAGUGAGACAUAUGAUGAGGAUGAUGCUGUACUUGGUGGACCUGGAAAAUCUACACAUCCUCCACACAGUGCAGAGCUUUGAGGAGGCUAACAAAGAGGGUCUUAUCAAAGGAAUCUGGAGAAAUCAUCGCCAUCAGAAAACAGCAGCCCUUCUGGUAGCAUCUUUGUGCCUCGACUACAACAUACAUGAUCUCCAGCUCUGGACUAGUGUACUGCAGCAACUACACUCAUUCCAACUGUUGUCUCCCUUGGAGUAUGUGAUACGGAGGUUGGCGAGUGUGGUCAAGAUGAGACAGAUAACUAUCCUGCCAAGCCUUUGGCAGACCGUUCUUUCUACUCCCUUAACUAAGGUUGCAGUCCCUCUGACUACCAGCCAAACAGAGCUGUGUGUUCGCUACUUCAACCUCAUCCUACAUUGUCCAGUGCUGAUGGACAUUGAUCUGCUCUCCCUAUCCAAACAUUAUCAGAGACUGGAAAUGCCUUCCUGUGCUCUAGGCUGCCUCCUUCUAAUUAAACACUUACAUCAGGACCAGAUCAAGACCUACCUGUCAGAAGAUGCUGUGGAAAUAUUAGACAACGCCAAACACCUUCUGAACUUUGGUCUAGAUCAGUCUACCUUUCAAAACAUUAUGACACUUUCUCAAGAUCUGAUCUGAACAAAACGAUUGCUGCAAACUGUUCAGUCUUUGUUCAUACAACGAUAAAGCAAAAGAUCAGAAUAUUUUUGUGGUAGUUGCAUAAAUAUCAUUUAUUAAUUAUUUAUUUCCACUUUAGUAUACACACUCUCUCUCUCCUUCCGGGAUAUCUUUCAUACAGUAAGACACAAAACCCGAUGUCCUUAACAUUAACCGUAUAAAACAUUGCCGUUAGCUACAAAACAGGCACUCCAAUUUUUAACCAAGACAUCAAAUGCCCAAUACAACGUAACCUAGUAAUUACGAUAGCUGAGUAGUUAAAUCCAUUGCUACUAAAAUGGUGGUGCGAUUUUAACUAUGACGUUAUUGUGACGUAAAAUUAUAUUAAAGGAUGUGACGAUUUCCUACAUAACAACACAUGAUGCACUUUUGCCGUUCAGAAUUGCUGAUCUGACAUCUUGUUCCGUGUCGUGAUUGUUUUGAGUGGAGUUUGGAUGAUGUCGUGUAAAAUUGUUGUUUGCUGUCUUUCCUGUUUCUUCUGGUCUUUGACGCUCAUGGGAACCAGCAGAAUUGGACUCGCGUUGAAGCAAUGACCUUGAUGAGUCUCGUUUUAGCAAACGUUUUUGUGGACUUGUUGAUGGACUCUGCUCACGAUGAUUGUUAAUAAUGAUAGAAGAAUCACUCUGUAGUAAUAUUUGAUGAAAUUUCUUUUCCAAAGAUCUGGCUUCUUCCAAUGUAAAAGUCAGUUGAGUCUCCAGCUGAUGCAUUUUAAUAGUUUUCUUGUUUAUCUCGUCCUUCAAAUCAGCAAUCUGCAGCAUAGCAUUGUAGAAAUGUACCAUGCAAUGUUAUCGUUUUUUGUCAAAGUUUAUAAAGAAUUAUUAUAAAUCAUAACAAAUAGUUAAUGGGUUUACCAAAUAUAUCUUGUAAACAAAUUGAUUUUGAAAUGAAGAAGAUAUCAGUAAAGUUAUAUUUUGAAAAAACAA